CUCAAUCCAGACAAAUCAUAUUAAUUUUAAGCUUGCCGCACGUAGAGCACUGCAGUCUACCACUACACAAACAUUUUUCAACCCAACGCGAAAGAUAAAAUCAGGGUUAUAGAGGAAAAAAGAGAAGGCCAAGAAAGUGAGAUAUGGAGGGAAAAGAAAGCUAUAUCCAAGAAGUGAGGUACCUGCAGACAAAAAAGAGUAAGGGAGUGGAAGAUACACAAAGUGAAAGGGAAAAAAGAAAAAAAGAAUCCCACCCUAAACAGUUUAUAACAGGAAACAGACAAAAAGAUAACUCCUAG